AGAGGGUGCCGAGGAUGCCGAGGGUGCCCACUCGGGUCCCCGGUCGAUCGGCGCGGUCCCGACCGCGGAAGUCGUCGGCGUGACGCGCGCGCGGCGCGACGACCUCGUCGUCACCGUCUGCGACGAAGACGUCGCGGACUUGCUAGGGGCCGGCGCCGACGGCGCCGACGCCGACGCCGCGAGCGGCAGCUCGAAAGCUCGAAACCGGAACAGCGUCCUCGCGAUCCCGAUGGACGUCGUCGCUCCGAAGCUCCGCCUGAUGACGCGGCGAGGCGCGGCGCUCUGCGGGAAGCGGUUGCUCGCGCGCGUCGACGGCUGGCGCCGCAACGCGUCGCACCCGGACGCGCGCGUGUUGUCCGUACUCGGCGAUCGCGGCGACAUCGAGACGGAGACGCGCUGCAUUCUCGCCGUGCACGACGUCCACGACGCGGCGUUCACGAAGGCUGCGCUGCGCGACUUGCCGGCGGAGGGAGACGCGUGGACUGUGGAGAAGAGCUAUUUCGCCGACGGGAAUCCGAAUCCUCGAGAGACGCGGCGCGAUUUCCGCGGGACGAAGACGUGCUCGAUCGACCCGCCCGGGUGCGUGGACGUCGACGACGCCGUCUCCGUGAAGAUCUUACCGGACGCGCGCGGGUACGAGAUAGGCGUGCACAUCGCGGACGUCUCGCACUUCGUGAGAGAGGGCACCCACUUGGAUCACGAGGCGCGCGCGCGCGGGACGACGACGUACCUCGUCGACAGGCGGAUAGACAUGCUCCCGGGGCUUCUGUCCGAGAACCUGUGCUCGCUCGUGGAGCGCGAGGACCGGCUCGCGAUGUCGUGCGCGUGGACGCUCGACGCGGACUUCAACGUGUCGGACACGUGGUUCGGCAAGAGCGUCGUGCGCAGCGAUCACCAGCUGUCGUACUACCAAGCGCAGGCCAUCGUCGACGGCGCGGACGCGGCGGACCUGCGCGUCGACCUGGACGUCCUGCGCCGGUUCGCGGCGGCGCGGCGCGCGGCGCGGACGGCGCGCGGCGCCGUCGAGCUCUCCUCCGCGGAGUUACGCUUCGAGACGUCCAACGACGGCGUCCCCACGGACGUCCUCACGAAGGGCGAGGUCCCGAUGAUGGCCGUGAUCGCGGAGCUGAUGAUCGCCGCGAACGCGUCCGUGGCGACGAAGGCGCGCGAGGCGUUCCCUACGAGCGCGUUCGUGCGACGGCACGCGCCGCCGCGCCUUGGGGGAUUCGAGGAGCUGAGAGCGCUCGUCGCGUCGGAGGGCGUGGACGUCGCGCUCGACGCGUCGAACGGCGAGGCGCUCGCGGGGUCGAUCGAGCGCGCGGCGAGGCGCGCGGCGUGCCCGGCGGACGCGGGGGUUCUGUUUCGCUCGAUCGCGACGCGGGCGAUGAGCGAGGCGCAGUACGCGUGCGCGGGCGCGACGCCGCCGGCGGACGGCGGCGGGCACUACGGCCUCGCGUUGGACGCGUACGCGCACUUUACGUCGCCGAUUCGUCGGUACGCGGACGUCAUCGCGCACCGCCAGCUCGUCGCGGCGCUCGCGCGGCGCGAAGGCGAAGGCGACGCGACGGUUGACGUUCCGUAUCCCACCACCACCUCCUCCUCCUCGUCGUCGUCGUCGUUGUCGCGCGCGUCGCUGACGUCGACGGCGACGCACCUCAACGAGAGGAACCGCGCGUCGAAGCGCGCGCAGACCAAGUGCGCCGAGUUGUACUUGCUCAAGGUGUUGCAAACGGCGCCGGCGAUCGAGCCCGCGCUCGUGAUCGAGGUCAAGGACGACGGCGUCGUCGUGUUCCUGCCGCGGUUCCACGUCCGCGGCGCGGUGCGGCUGCGGCGCGCGAACCGGGAAGACGGAACGUCGACCGUCGCGUUGCCGGCGAAGGAGACCGUCUUCGAGGAGGAGACGAGUGGGACGCGCGCGGGAGGUCAGGUGCGUUCUAUACAUUGGUCCCCAUACGACCGCGUUCGCGUGGUGAACGCCGAUCCUUAA